CCCCAUCCAGGGAACCUGCAGAGCCAUGAACCUGCCCCUCAUCUGCGACUACGGCUCGGGCAUCAGCAAGGUGGGCUUUGCAGGGACCGAAGCGCCCCUGGCCGUGUUCCCAACCAUCCUCGGGAAACUUCGCCAUGACAACCUGUUGGUGGGAAUGGAAGAGGAAGACUGGUUCAUUGGAAACGAGGUUCAGACAAAUCGAGAGAAGCUCAACCUGCUGUAUCCCAUCUCUCGGGCAAGCGUCACCAACUGGGACCACAUGGAAAAGAUCUGGCAUCACUCCUUCUACCAGGUGCUUCACGUUGCCCCGGAGCAGCAUCCUCUGAUGGUGACAGAGCCGCCUCUAAACCCACUGUCCAACAAAGAGCAGGUGUCACAGAUCCUGUUUGAGACCUUCUGCGUGCCCGCCUUGUUUCUAGCCAACCAAGGGGUCCUUUCUCUCUACGCCUCCGGCCAAACCUCCGGAAUGACCAUUGAAUCCGGAGAAGGAAUGACAUACUUUGGGCCCAUCAUUGACGGCUGUCCUUUGCAUCAGUCAACCUUCCAGGUGGACAUUGCAGGUCAAGACUUAACCUUGUACCUCCUACAACUGUUGUCAGAAAGUGGGCACCCACUGGUGAGCACAGCUGACCGAGACCGUGUCCGGGACCUGAAAGAGAAGUAUUGCUACGUGGCUUUGGACUUUGAAAAGGAAAAAAUGGAAGCCAACUCACCCUCCUACGCACAGAAAUGUCAGCUGCCUGAUGGCCAGGAGAUCGACCUUGGGCGUGAGAGGUUCUUCUGCCCCGAAGCGCUUUUCCGGCCAAACCUCAUAGGGAGGAACCGCCUCGGCACCCACAUGACGGCCUUCCAGUGCAUCAGCUCCUGCAGCCCCGCCCUCUGGAAGGUCCUCUUCGGCCACAUCUUCUUGUCUGGAGGCACCGGCACCUGCUCGGGCUUGCGGUUCCGGCUGCAGAGGGAAAUAUCCGCCCUGGUUUCCCCAAAGAUCAACGUGAAGGUCUCCACCUGUCCGUAUUCCAUAUAUGGUGCCUGGGUAGGUGGCUCCAUCCUGUGCUCACUCUCCACCUUCAAGGACAUGUGGGUCACCAACGCAGAGUACAAGGACAUCGGUUCCUCCAUCGUCGGGAGGAGAAGCCUCUGAUUUGUGGCUGUCUGGACCCCAUCACCUGUCCGGCCUCAGCUUGUCUGAGUUGAUCAGAGCUCAGAACCGACUCAAAUGUGAAGGUGGCCCUUCCUCCCCUUGCCUUUGAUUUUAAUAAAGGGUCAGUAAAGGACA